GGGGAAAUUUAAUUUUUGUACUGGGGAUAUGUUCCACCUUACUCAUUAUUUAGUCUGACGACUUUAAUUCUUAAAUUUUGUAUUUAUUUAUUAACUGGAAUUUGAUAUAAGACUAGUUACAUUACAAUGAAGCUGUGGUUUAUUGCGUUAGUGAUCAUUUCUAUUACACAGACACAUGGCCGCCGAAAAGAUUGUCGUCAGUGUAAAGCGGGGCAUUAUGCUAGAAGAACUUGUAAUGAAUUACAUGAUACCGUAUGUGCACAGUGUCCAGUGGGUACAUAUACCCCUGAAUCAAACACUCGUGAACUAUGCUAUUCUUGUUCUACAUGCAAGGAAGGUUAUUUCGUCAUCAAAUCAUGUACUUUUAGACAUGAUACCGUUUGUGGUUCAUGUGAACUUAAAGAUUAUAGUGAAUUAAAUAGUUAUAGUACAAAAUGUGCUCACAAGAGGAAAGGGAACCAAAAUGACCAACCAUUGGAAACUCCUUUAACCUCUGAUGACUCUCUUGACAUUUCGGGAGAUGGUGAACUGAUUGUAGAUCAUGGCUCAUUAAAACCAACAGUUAUUGAUGACGUCAUCAUUGACAAGGAAUCAGUGUCCAACACAUCUCAGUUAGAGAAAGACGCAUUAGAGGAGGGAAGUGGGGGAUUUAAUAUUAGUGUACCCUCUGAGGAGCUUGAAUCAUCACCCACAUUCACAUCCCCACAGUCAAUAUUAGUAUCAAAUGAGUCAACUACAGUUACAUCAAAUGCUACCUCCAAAUCUGAAACAUUACGUACAACAUACCCAGAAACUACAAACGUAACGUCAACAUCUGAACCUAGUUUAAAUACAUCAUCUACUAUUGUUAUAUCUAACACUGAAGGACCAAGUUCAACCACUUCAUCAGCAUCUGAACCAACUACAAUAUCUACAACUGAACCAAGUUCAACAAUAAUACCUACAUCAUCAACACUUGAACCAAGUUCAACAACAAUACAUGCAUCAUCAACACCAGAACCAAGUUCAACAACAAUACUUACAACUCAGUCGGAAAUACCAGAUCCAGAACCCGAGCCAGAACCUACACACAAACCAGAACCCAAACAAAGCACAGCUGAAUCUAAAACAGAAGCAACGACAACACAGACAACAAGCACAACUCAAGCAGUGACAACAAAAACAACAAAAAUCCAAACAACACUAGUGCCAACAACAUCUACCACUACAUUAACGACUACAAAGUCUAAGGACUACUUCAUCGACAAAGAUGACAGUAUCAUCAUUGAUUUAAGAGGAACAACAGAAAAGAUUAUAGACCUGAGAACGAAAAAGACAACAGCGAGUCCAAAAUUAAAGACAACAACAUCAAGGACGAUAGAUUUGGACAGAGACAAAGGAAUUGUUAUCGAAACAGGCAUAGAAGAAGACGAUGAAAAGGAAAGAUAUGAUGUACCAGAUUUUACACUACCAGAAACUGAAAUCAAAGAAAAAUCGCCAUUGCAGCCUGGUGCUCUUGGUUCUGAGAAAAUGGAUGAAGAAGACGGAAUUAAAGUGGGCAUUGUCGUCGCUAUUGUGAUUGGCGCUGCGGUCAUCUUCUUCCUCAUCGGGUUUCUCGUCAGCAGAUAUUGCAGAAAGAGGCGGUCUGGAAAGUUUCAUGUUAAAAACGAUUUAGAGAGAGGCCCAGUUAAGGAUAAUGCUCCAACAGCUUUAGAUUACAAAGAUGGUGGAAUUUAUGAUGAAAUCGGCAAAGAAACGGUGACACUGGUCAAUAACGGAAAACCCAACGGAACUACGCACUCUACAGAAGAUGUGUAUGCCGUCCCCGACAAACGCAAGAAUGGCGAACCAGGAUCACCAAAGAUAGAUGAACAGUUGAAUAAAAUCAAGUUUAUUGACGACCCCGAAGAAGAGGCAGAACCGAAGGAAGGUGACAAGCUUUUGGAUGACUCCGACGAGAAGUAUUCCAGUUUCGCGUCUAUUCCUAACGGUUCGGUAAAACAGAACGGUGACGUUGCACCCAACGAUUAUGUUUCAGAAUCUAGUCCCAUUUUGAGCUCAGGAGACACACAUGAGAACCCGGAUGAAUCUGAAGAGGCUACCAGUGGAAAAGAAAGCGAUGACGCAGAGAUGUCGCCACUGCUUGAAAAAACGGAAGUUGAUGAAAGCCAGAAAGAGACAAGCAGUUGAAAACAUGAGAUAUGCUGAAUUAUCGUUUUAUCGCAUGUCUGCUCUCAAAAGAUAGCCAUGUUAUAUCCAGCGAUUGCUUAAAAAUUCAAAAAUUAUACCAAAGACCUGAAGAAACGUGUCUGCCGAUGCUGGGUAUCAACGCCGUGCCUUAGAUUGUCGGAGAACAAUUGCAGAUCCCUCACCAGUAACGAAUAUUUCAUGUUUGAUUCUGUGCACUCGAAAAUUUGAGGUUAAGCUAUAAUCAUCACAUUUUUUCUCUCUGAUAUAGUAUUGUUCACAUUUUCUUCCAACAUCUGCGUCAGGGAAGUGAUAAAGCAAGGCAUGACAAUAUAUAUAAAUUUAGUAGGUUUCAAUUGGCUUUGUUGAGUUACAAUUAUUUACACGCCUAUAAUUUUUUUUACGAAGUGCAAUGGUUGUUAAUAAUAUUGAUCAAACAGUGUUAUUGUUGUUAGACCUUAUGAAUUAGUGCUUCUCUCUGUUUUUGUUUUGUUUCUCCGAUUUUGUAAAAACACAUUUAUUAGUUAACAUUUAUUGAAUGGAUUAAUUUUACAACAUAGCAAAGUUGACAUCGACGAUUGGAUGUACGAUUUUUGUGUUUAUCAGCAUUGUGGUCAUGUUCGUUACAGUCAUUAAUUAUUUAAUUUUAUUUUGUACAAAUACAUCUCUCCCACUCAUAUUGUCCAGCUUUUUUGCGUCUUUUUUUUUUAAUUUUCCCUGACUGUUAUAUAGAUAUCGUUGUGCUAAAUGUUUGUGAUUCGGUGUACAUGAUUUUCAGCCAGGAAGACGAACUUUUACUCGGAGUCCCUGCUUCUUAUAUAAUGUACUUUCAUUAAUCUGAAAUAGUUGUCUCAUUUCUUGCAUUAUCAUUUAACGUUAGCAUACAUGCAUUAUGUAACUACCAAGUAAAAAAACAUGUACAUUUAAUUAAAUGAAUCCAGUUAACAUUUUUUUCACACAUUUGAUGUGAAAUUCUCGCAUCUUAUGUAUUUGUUAGUUUUAACAACAAUUGUUUUUAACUGUCUCUGAUGAAUUUGAUCACAAAGUUUAUACUAGUCUUGCCAAUUUUAAUGAGAUGUGUCAUAAUACAUGUAUAUUUAUUAUUUCAUGAAAACAUUACAGACUUCUCACUAUAAUCAGAUUUUAGGGAAGUAGGGAAUAAUUUCGUGGCAUUUUGUUCUCCAUAUUUAUAACCUAUAGUUUGCAACAUCUGCAUCAAGAAGAAGAAAAAUUAUUGCUUCAAAGUUGUAAUAACGUUAAUUGUGUGUCUGUAUUUUUUAUUUUAAGUAUUUAUUUCAAGAUUAAAGAAUUCAGAUGGCUUGGA